UUUGUUUCCUAACACUGCUCAGAUUGUAAACAAACCGUUCUGCACGUGCAUUAUUUAUUUUAAAAAUAAAUACAUUUCCUUAAACCAAGACAUGGCCGGCAACUUUGAGCUGCUUAGUGAGCAGGGUCUUCGUCUUGACGGUCGUCGUCCUCACGAACUCCGCCACAUCAAGUGCAAAUUAGGAGUUUUUGAACAGCCCGAUGGAAGCGCCUACAUGGAGCAAGGCAAUACUAAGGUCUUGGCCGCCGUUUAUGGACCCCACCAGACUAAAGGCAAGAAGACGGAGUCCAACGAUGUACUCAUCAACUGCCAGUACAGUCAGGCCACCUUCUCCACGGCGGAGCGAAAGAACAGACCACGCGGUGAUCGCAAGUCCUUGGAAUUCAAGAUGUACCUGCAGCAAGCGUUGAGUGCGGCCAUCAAAUCGGAGCUUUAUCCUCGUUCCCAGAUAGACAUCUAUGUGGAGGUGCUCCAGGCGGACGGAGCCAACUACGCAGUGGCCCUUAAUGCGGCUACUCUGGCACUUAUUGAUGCUGGAAUCUGUCUAAACGAAUUUAUCGUUGCCUGCACCGCCUCAUUGAGCAAGUCGAACAUUCCGCUAACGGACAUCUCCCACUUCGAGGAAGUUUCUGGCGGUCCUAAAUUGACAGUGGCUGCUUUGCCCACCGCCGAAAAGAUUGCCUUUCUGGAGAUGAGCGAGCGAUUCCACAUCGACCACCUGGAGACAGUAAUCGAAACUGCAAUGGCCGGCUGCCGCGAAAUCCGAGAUAUUCUGGAGGCGGCAGUUAAGGAGCACCUACUACAUAUGGGCAGUGCUGCCGAUUGGGCGAGAGUUUGUUGAAAUAAAUAAAUUGCUUUCUUUCUUAACUUGAA